UGGUCAUGUGCACACAGCGAUGCCGCCUCCGAGUCGACGUGUGAAGAACGCCCGAGCGAUCCCACGGGCUGAUGGCCGCUUUGCGCCAAAGGCUGCAGUGAUUGAAAGCAGCCCGGGGCUGGAAGACAUUGAGGAUGACACGACGUUGACGGUGGCGCUCAAGCCAUCAUGCGUCCCGGCAAGUUCUCGGACGGCCGCGAGCAGCCAAUGGUCUUCGAAGCCGGCACGGAGAACGCUGGCCAAGCCAAAGGCAUCAAGCAAGUUCUUCUGGAGCGUGGCAUCGACGUUGCCGCGCAUGGCCUCCGGAUGAAGUGCCCGAACGAGAACGUCGAUGUCAGCGCCACAGACGAGGUGCUCAUGUGCUGCGCGAGGCACUGCGUCGCGUCGCAACCCGACUUCCGCUCCCAGGUAUCGCUCUUGGAAGAAACGAUCUCCGGUGCAGGUCACCACUGCUUGUUCUUGCCCAAGUUCCACUGCGAGUUGAAUCCUAUCGAAGCCUACUGGGGGGCAGCCAAGCGCUACGCUCGAGCCAACUGCGACUACUCGUUCGAAGGACUCAAGACUUGCGUGCCAAAGAGCCUCGAAAGCGUCCCGCUGGCGUCGAUUCGUAAGUAUUUUCGUCGAUGCCAACAUUUUGUCGAGGCGUACCAUUUGGGUUGCGACUACGAGCUGACGAAGUAUGCCCACAAGAAGUACAGAAGCCACAGACGCAUUCCCGGCUCGAUUUUACAAGAAAAAGACGCGAUAAUUGCCGAAAUGAAACAAAAAUAGUCGGUUAUCCUCGAAAAAGUUGCUUGAGAUUGCUU